CCAUGCACAAUACGUCCGAAGCCAAACCAACCCGGACGGACUGCUGCUGCCGCCGCCAUCACAUCAUCACAUCUGUACCAGGGGCUGUGAACGGAUGGCCAAGCGCAUCUGCAACGCACCGGUGCGAAUACGGUUUUAGGUGUUCUCGUGUGCCUGGCAGCGUGUGAGCCGCUUUAUUAAAAAUGUCCAAAAAAAGUAGUGUCACAUGUGUGAAGCCAUCAGACCCUCCGUUCUUAAAGAAGCUUAAGGAGCGCGUCGGCUACAAAGAAGGCCCGUCAAUCGAUACGAAGAGGGAACACCGUCCUGUGGAUGAUGUAGACCCUGACCUCGAUGACGAAAAGCCUGUCGUCGUCGUUCUCAAGGCGGGUGAUUUGACUGCCGAGGAAGCUGAAAUGCACAGUCAAAGAGAAGAUAAUGGACCUUCUGAUGGCAAGAUAAUGUUCAAGAAGCCAACAAAAAGGAAAGAUGCCACCACUCCAACAGAUGGGCAAGCGAAGAGGCUCAAGGAGGUUGACAAGAGCCGCCGCCAGCAAGUGAAUUCAGUCAGAGACAACCGUCUUCUGUCUUUUGGUGAUGAUGAAGACGAGUGCUAAUGGUGCACACAGAUAAAUGCUGGCAUUGCGUGCGUUUGGCCAGCUUUUUUGGUUUACCAGUGUGUGUAAUCAUGAAGGUUGGUCA